AUGUGUAAAGUUAAUGUGGAAUGCAGACAAAGCGAAGAGUCUUGUGAAUGCUUAAAAACUCUUCAAUUGAAAAGAGUCAGCCCUUUGCAAGAUAUUAUUUGUCCACAGCCAAUGAGAACUUCUAAAAGUUUUAUCCCAUCCAGCCAGAUAAUCCAGAUUCUUCAGCAGCAAAACGCUAUGAUUAAGCUUCUGACUGAUCAAAAUGAAGCAGCCAACAAUAAGCUAACACGGCUUUUAUCCAAGCUUGAAUCACUAACUCAGAAAGACAUAAGUCUACCACUUGCUGAAUCCCCUGAAGAAUCCACAUCUUCGACUAGCCUAUUAUCAGUCCUUUGUGGGGGUUCCACUGAGUUUCAAUACUUUAUCAAGCUAUACUCAUAUCUAUGAAUUUACCUAUCCUUUAUAUAUGCCAAUAGAGAAAUCAGACUAUUUAUAGGAAAAUGUAUAACAAGUGAAGUUCCUGAGCCUGCUUAUAAAGAAAGAGCCUUUAUGCUGACAGCUCAAAUUAUUGAUGGUCAGGGAAAUCAGGUGACCCUUCCUAGCAGCUUAAAAUUCAAAAUCAUGAUUUUCACUUCUGAAAAUCCUCCAAAACUUUUAUUAAUAAAUACAUCAGGAGAUAAAAUCAUGAGAGGAACAACUGAGGUAGAAAGCAAUAGUCAAAUAGUUUUUAGUAAAGUUGUGAUCAAAGAGGUUACUUCUCAUUUUCGAAAUGGCUGAUUUUACCUUGUGAUUAAGCCUGUAGAAAAUUCGAGCAUUAAGCCUCUCAUUAUAGAAAACUUAGUAAUAAAGGCGAGAAAAAUGGAUCCUGAAGGAAACUCAAGAAAAAAAGCAAAAAUAGAGGAAGGUGUUGGAUCCAGUUAA